UUUUAUUCAUUGUGAUCAACAAAAUUUCGAAUUGUUUUAAAAUGGAAGAACGCACUUGGUUACUGGAGUAGAACGGUCGUAUUUAGGACACUUCAUCCCAUUUAAGGCUGUUUCACAUUAGAGAAUGAUAAUGAAUGUCUUGGAACCAACAUCUCGUGUGGGAGUUGCCCUUGACCUUAUUCUUAAAACAUUGAUAUCUUCACAAGAUUUUAAUGAGUUACAGACAAAGAAUUGGGAAGCUAUUGCUAGGCUAAUACCUGGAUCUUCACCUGGACAGGUUGCAAGAAGAUAUGAAGAGUUAUUGCUGACAGGGGAUGUGUAUGCUAUGAAUCAGUUUGAGAAAAAUUACACAAUUCCUGGAGCUUCAUCACAAGUCAGUCUGACAGAAUCUGAUCUUAGCAGUAAAACUGGAGGAAGUUUACCAGGAUCCGCAUCACAGAAAGGAGAUAAAGAUAGCAAAGAUACAAAUGAAUCAAAAAGUAAACAAAGUGGACGAAACAGUGAUGAUCAAGGCCCUGUUAUGACUAUACAUGUCUGUGAUGAAGCUAAAAGCUUGAAGCAAGACUUCCAUUGUCCUCGAGACCUGUUGGUCCAGGAAAUGAAAUAUUUUGCAGAGUAUUUAUCAACAGACGCUCAGCGUUGGGAAGAAGUAGAUAUAUCUGUUCAUUGUGAUGUACAAAUAUUUGAUUGGUUGAUGAAAUAUGUUAAACGAGGCUCAAAAGAUGUACCAGAAAAACCUAGGCUAGAGGCCAGCAAUGUGAUAUCAAUUUUGAUUUCAUCUGAUUUUCUCAAAAUGGAUUCACUUGUACAAGAAUGUAUAGAGUAUUGCCAUGGUAAUAUGUCAGCUAUAGUAUCAACACCAUGUAAUAUGAAUUGUAUCAAUGAAAAACUUGUUGGAAGGAUAGCAGAUCUGUUUACACACAAUGAAGCUGAUGACAUAAAAGACAGAAAAGAUAAAUUUAAAAGUAAAUUAUUUGCCAAGAAGUUGGAGAAAUUGUUUGAUCCUAAUUCUACAAAUCCUGAUUCUCCAGAAUGCGCUGCUACAUUAAUGAGAUGUUCUGUUUGUAAGAAGGUCAUGGGUGGUAGUCUUGAGAAGAAAUUGAAAUGUACACCAAGCAGAUUAACUGUAGAUAGAAGAGGAACAUUAACAUUUUGUCACAUACGAGAUCCGUCUUUUGAUGUUAAUGAAUACCUACUGGAACUUAAAGGACAACUGAAGACCUGGCGAGAGGUUUACUGGAGGGUAUGGGGGACCAUUAAUUAUCUAAUUUGUACACGAUGUAAGGAGGUGUUCCCCUGCAGUGAUCUAGGACAUUGUAAAUACCACCCUGAACCAGCAAGAUAUGAUAAUGAAGGAUCCCUACAUUCCUGUAUCGGGACUUAUCCAUGUUGUCAUCAGAGGGUAUUAAGGUUUGAUCCUACACAACAAAAUAAGGGAUGUCGAGUUCGUGAUCACAUUGUGACUGUGUCUGAUUUACCGACAGAGGGUGAUAAGCCUCCACAAAAUCGGGUCUAUGAUGACCUACUUUCUCACCGAGAUGUUAUCUGUGUACCAUACCAAAGACUGUCAGAUGCCAGUGAAAUGGAGUUUAAAUUAUUUGAUAAUGAAGAGUUUGUAUGUUACUCACACAAAGAUGGAACAGCUUUACACCCGGCUCUACUGGCUGCUGUUGAUGAUGACAAAAAAACUGAGGCUGGCAAACCUCAGCCAAGAUUACAGGCUCUUACUAUGGAGAGAGAAUUAUCAUUUGAAUAUGAUGAUGUUGGCCUAGGAGAGAGUGACGAUGAAGUAGGAGAUGACGAACAACCAAGGGGAACAGCCCGUAGAGCUAGAGGCAUUAAGAAAUCUAUGGUUACAAUAGAUCCACAGGCAAUUUUAAUGGAUGCCCCAGAAUUUGAACAAACAAAGAAAUCUACCUGGGAUACAGGCAGAUCCAUGAGGUAUAAUCAAGAUGCACAGAGACAGGAAGAUCAAAGAAGGAUGAAGGAGAUAAGAGUUUAUUUGACAAAGUUAAGAUUGAAUCCAGAGAAAAUUGAUAAGCCUAAAAAGGAGUUUUUGGGAGGUCAGUAUUGUAAGAUUGAAUCACAGUGGAGAGCCAAUAAUUUACAGAAUGGAAACAAACCAGGAAUAGGAACAUUUAGGGGUAGACCUAUUGUUGGUGGUGUUCGACGGGAAAAAUCACACAUGUAUUGAUGUCGUCAAGGGCAAAACCAAUGAGGUUUUCUUCCCUGAGAUCGUCCAUGUCUUGAUCAUCAGUAUUGAAGUCACCCGGUAUAAUGACAUUGAUGUUAGCACUAGAAACAUUGAACAAAGACUUGCCACUGCUGACAUAGAAGCAUUUAUGACUUUUAUUCACUGCAUUUAAUGCAAGAAAUCAUUUUAGCAGACAACAGGUGCACAAGACAUUUAUUUUUACAAAUAUGCUGCUUAUAUCACAAGGAAUUAUCUUUUGUAUUUUAUUUAUAAACCAUUUUUUGUUAUGUUCAAAAAUAUUUGAUAUUGAAAAUCACACUAUAAGAAUAAUUACACUGUACAAAAUUAAGUCAUUCUUGCAAAAAAUAUAAGAAAAGAAACCAGGAGAUUUAAAAUCUCUGAAAAUAAUCUACUUUACAGUAAUAACUGGAUUCAUUUAUUUUUUGGUGGAUGGAGGAAAUUUUCAUGGUUAUUUAUGUUUUGCUGAUUUGCCUAAAUCUGCAUACAAGCUGAUAGAAAAUUUGAAAUUCAUUGAAACUUUAAAUUUGUAGUUCAUUGGAUAAAUCCUCACCUACAAAAAGAACGUAAAUGAGUAUUCAACAAAUAAAAAUGAAUAACAUCAAUAGUCUAUUUGCCAAUUACUGAUUUGAUUGUAAUUACACAUUUUUUUUAAACAAAUUACUUCCCUUUGUCAAUCUUAGACUGGUUCUAUACCGAUUAAUAUUGGCUUUUGCCAAUGCAAAGUAUGAUGAAUUGAAAUGAUGUGGUGGUUUCACUAAUUUUUCAUGAAAAAUAAUUAUUUAUGUCGUAAGUAUUUAGCUUAACAACAAAUUAAUGUAAUUAAAAGAUUUCAAAACCUUAAAAAUUACUCACAUUACACACAGGUAAAUUUGCUCUUUUUGCUAGCUCUCAAUUGUUAAUGAAAAUGAAUGUCCCUCAUAAGGGAGACAACUAAAAGAAAGGUCUCUAAUUACAGGGUCAAUUAUGGGUAUUGGUGAAUUAACUAUCGAACAUAAUUAUAAAAUAUCAUCCUAAUGAAUGAAUUUGUCUAGCAAUUUCAGGUAUUCUAUUGUCAGUUCUGUUAAGUUUUUAAACCAAGUAAUUGGAUAUAAUUUCUUUUUCAAAGAUAUUACAGAUUGUUUGAUUUUAUUCUUUAGAUGAUAAUGUUUUUUAUUUAUUAUUAUGAAUUUGAAAUUUAAAAGUAUAACAAGAAGUAAAGGAAGCCCAAUGUCAUAUGAUGACUUGUCCAAAUCAGUUUCACUCUGUUUUGCCUUCCUGGGUUUUCAUUUUACCUGAUAGAUAUCACGUGUAGCUGAAUGGCUUCAUGGAUAUGUAGUUCUAUUUAUAGAUUUGAUCAAAAUGUUAUUAGAGUUUACACAUAACUUUUGUGUUUGUGUCAUAGGGUUUUGGUGUUUUGCUUUCUUAUUGACAAUCUCACAACAUCUGCAUAUAUUAAUGAAGAUAAAAAAAAAUUAUCACUAUCAAUUCAUUUAAAAUAACAAAACAAGUAUAUAGAAAGACCUUUUUCCAUAUGUCAGAGUCAGACUGUCAGUUCGGAUUAUGGACCUUUGUUUUUUCAUGGAAUUCAAGCUAUUUCAAAUCUCUGAAACUAAUUAUUUAUUUUCUGGAUCCAGGAAAAAAUGCUUUUUGAUGUCUGGAAUUGGUGAUUUAGGAUUUAUUUUAAGAUGAUGUGCAUUCCCAUGCUGCCAUGCUUUGACACAGGCCUGUAUUUAUUGUAGACUUUUUCUUCUGUGCUUCAUUGUCUUUACAAAAAUGUAUGCAAUUGUAGCCUCAUGUGUUAUUUCAGAAUGAAAUAUACUUUCUUCUGUUUCAUUUAUUGUCUAUGCUACUCUGUUUAAUGAAUAAAAGUGUGAUAGUGUAUUUAAUUUUUUUUACACAAAAAGCUUAACAAAGGGCAAGGAGAUAUAUCUUAACAAUUUUAAUUUACUAUAUUUAUGUAUUUUUAUAUGUUUGAUUUUGAGCAAUCUAUGUGAUUUAUUUA